GCGGAAACGGAAACCAUUCUCAGCGGCAAACUUCGUAAGCUGUCAGAUGAAGUUUUAUCGCAAAUGAGCGUGUAAAUUGGUUUUAAAUUUUGUAUACAUAUAUCUAUUUAAACAUUCGCUCCUUGCUUGAAUGUGUUGUUACUAAAUUUAGACUAGAAUGUUUGAAACUUAUAAAAUUGCAGAGCAAAUUCGAAAAUUUGAUGCCUAUCCAAAAACUCUUGAAGAUUUUCGAGUUAAAACCUUUUCAGGAGCCGCCAUUACAAUUGUGAGUGCAGUCGUCAUUGUGCUGCUGUUCAUAUCUGAACUUAAUUAUUAUCUUACACCUGAAGUUACAGAAGAGUUAUUUGUUGAUGUUUCACGUAGUGAGAAACUGAGAAUCAACAUUGAUGUUACAUUUCCUAAACUCUGUUGUGAAUGUAUGCUCUUCGUUAUUCUAAUUGAUAUAAUAUAGAAAUUAUAAUUUUAG